GCCUGGAGUUUCUUCUCGUUGAGACAGGAGUUCUGGCUGUGGGAGCACGAGGGCAGAACAGACUGCUCCAAAACACAGCAGAGGGACGGAAGGGACUGCCAGGAAGAUCUUCAUUCCUGCAGUGCUGCUGCUAGAGUUAGAGAGAAACCUGCUGCCUCUCCUCUCUGUUUCUUUUGGUCUCCUGGAGAGGAGAGUGCCCACUUUCACCGCUGUCUCCUGCUCUGCCUGCUCCUGCUUUCAGCAUGGUAAAGAAGAAUACUAUCCCCGAUGGAUGGCGGAGUUUGACACCAGUUGGACAGCCUAUACCAGGAACUAGAUUUAUUGCAUUCAAAGUACCUUUAAAAGGGGCAAUUAACCAGAGGCUUACCCCAACCCAGAAAUUUACACCAAAAGACUUAAUUGCUGCAAUGAAAGCCCUAAAUGUGGAGCUUGGAUUAAUUAUUGAUUUAACAUAUACGACACGAUACUAUGAAGUUAAGGAUUUACCUAAAAGUGUGCAGUAUAAGAAACUUUAUACUGUUGGACUUGAAGUCCCCGAUAAUGCUACUAUCCUACAGUUCAAAAAAUGGGUCAGAAAAUUCCUAUGGGAAAAUGCAGGAAAUGAGAAACUCAUUGGCGUUCACUGUACUAAUGGAAUUAAUAGAACUGGCUACCUUAUAUGUAGAUAUCUUAUAGAUGUUGAAGGCUGGGAUCCAGAGGCAGCAAUCCAAGCUUUUGGUGAGGCUAGAGGUCAUCGCAUGGAUGGUCUUGUGUAUCUCACAGAUCUCAGAACACAACCAAUGAGAAGUAACCUUGGAAUGGAUGUAUGGGAUUCAGAUGAAGAUAUUAUUCCCCCACCACAUGCAAUGGAAGGACCUGUAGAGCGGUUCCCAAAUGAAGAUUUUCAGGGGUCUGGGAAAAGAUUAAGAAUUUAUGAUGACCACUCUCACAAUGAUUUGCAAGGACAGAUACAGUUGAGAGAUUUUGAUUUCAUUAAUAAGGGAUCUGGACAAAGACGAAGACCAUUUCAUGACCAUCAGACUCAGGAUGAUUUAAGAGCACCGAUGCAGAUGAGAAAUUUGGACUACAAUAGGGGACCAGGACAGAGGCGAAGACCCUUUCCUGAUCACCAGUUUUAUGAUGAUUAUCAAGAAGACAUGCAGCUGAAGGACCUAGACUUCAGUAACAAGGGACCUGGACAAAGGUUGAGACCUUUUCAUGGACACCACUUUCAUGAUGAUUUACAGGCAGAGAGACAAUCGAGGGACAUUGAAUUUAACAGAGGCCAUGGACAAAGGCAGAGAUCUUUUCCUGACCAUCCAUCUCAUAAUGAUUUGCAGGAAGACAGGCAGUCAAAGGAUUUUGAUUUUGGUAGCAGGGGCCGUGGCCAGAGACAAAGACUGUUCCAUGACCACCAAUCUCGUGAUGAAUUUCAGACUCAGAUGCAGUUGAAAGAGUUAGAUUGUGUCAACAAAGGUCCUGGCCAAAGACUAAGAUCUUUCCAUGACUGUCAGUCACAUGAUGACUUACAGCCACAGAUGCAAUUGGGAGAUUUUGAAUUUGUUAAUAGGGGUCGUGGGCAGAGGUUGAGACCUUUCAAUGAUCACCAGCCUCACAAUGACUUACAGACAGAGAUGCAACUAAAAGAUUAUGUUAAUAAAGGUCCUGGACAAAGGCACAGACCUUUUCAUGACCAUCAGCCUUAUGAUGACUUACAGGAAGAGACUCAGUUAAAAGAUUUUGAUUAUGUUAAUAAAGGGCAUGGACAAAGGCCAAGACCUUUUCACGAUCAUCCAGGUCACGAUGACUUGCCACAUGAAUGGUGUUCAGACAGAAGUCAAUCUUUUUCUUCCCAUGAAAAUGUACCAGAACCUCAUUUCUCCUCAUCUCCUUCACUUCACAGAGAUUAUGGGUCUGAUAAUGAUGACUUUAACAGAAGUUAUAGUAAUCGACCAAAUUGUCCUGAAGACAAUAGGAGAAUGCAUCCGUCAGAUGAAUUUAAUAGAGGAAAAAACAGAUUUGCACCAUAUUCUUCACGAACAAUGCAUCCAUCUUCAUCUGUACACCAAGAAGAUAGUUCAAUAGACUACGAAAGAAAACCUUUUCAAGGUGAAACUACCAGAGAGAUGGAACAAAGCAAAAGAUUACCAGUUGUAACAGUUGAUUAUAAUUAUGGUCUGCCAUUAGAUUAUGGACCUGAAGAGGAAGAGAGAACACAUUAUGAUUUACCUGCAAGAGACCGCUAUAACUGGAACUGAAUAAAAAGGACAAUGUUUGCUCAGCUUAGACUUACUUUUACCCAUUUUACUUUGUACAUGGACCAAUUUUUUUUUUUUUAAAACAAAUUAUGAAAAUGCAAAUUUCAGUAGUAGAGAACUGGUCUGUAUUUAAGAUUAGCUUCUACUGAUGUUUGGUUCUUUAAAUUUAUUAGGGUGUAUUUGUUAAGUGUAGUUGGAGACAAGGCCUCAGUACACAUGGAAUUAAAGUAGUCCUUCCUUUUAGUGAAAUUGGAACCCUGUACCUUAAAACAAACAACUUUCUGAGUGAUUGUAGUUGUGUCUUUUGUUUUACAUUUCUUUAAAAUGUAUGUAACUUCCGGAUGCAAAAGUCAUAAUAAAAUACUGCACUAUC